UCCACAUGUAACUGAAAUUUCACAAUUUUGAAUCUCUGAGAGAAAACAGAGCAAACGAAGAAAAAUGAAGCGGCCUUCUUCUCUGCCCAUAUUGAAACAACUCAAAGGAACUCAUCACGUAGACGUCAAUUCUAACAAAGGAAAAUCUAUACUCGAAGAUGAAGAUGAAUACGAUGAGAUCAUCGACUUCGAAAGAAUCAGCACACCUGUAAUUUGCAAAACAGUACAAAAAUGGGAAGCCACCACACGAGGGGAAGAGUUUUCUUGCGGAAAACAGGGGCUAUGGAGGCUUGAGCAGAUAAACAGAGCAACCAGGCUAGAGAAACAGCUAAAAGCAAGAUGGGCAGUCGAUGGACUUAUCGAAGAAGAACUCAAUCGCUUUCGAGCCCAAUACAAAAGGUCUAUAGUCCCAACAAGGCUCAAAGAUGUAGCUACAUUGAUCACGCCUAAAUGGACUCCAUCACCAGAGCUAGCCACAUUGACUUGGUUAGGCGAUUGGCGGCCUUCAACAAUCUUGGAUCUUCUUCAAUACUUAGCCCAUUCAUCUGGGCUUUCAAAAUCUUUACCAGAUUCAGUUGCAAUUGAAGUGGCAUUGCCCCAAUUGAUCAACGAGUUACGAAUCGAGGAGGCGGUGAUCGAUGAAGAAAUGGCUGAGAUUCAGUCCAAUUGCAUAUUCUAUCUCCCAUUUGGCCCAAAGAAAGAGGCACAUAAGGGUAAACCUGCAAUGGCUUGUGUACAAUCUGAGUUUAAGAAGAUUCAUAGGGUUAUUACUAAGGCCCAAAAUUUGAGGUUUAAGGCAAUGGAAAUGGCAGUGAAGAAGGUGUUAAGCAGAACAGAUGCAGCAGAGUUCUUGGUUGCUUUUGCUGGAAUUCAAGAUUUGGUUCAUCAAUGGGCUAUGCAAUACAAAUUGCAGAAAGGCCCAGUUUCUAUAAGUACUAAAGCCCUGAAGUCUGGUGGUAGCCCACUGAAGUAGGCCCAUUUGAGUUGCAAUUAGGUGCUAUAUUUCCAUAUAUUCUUCUAAUAUUUUCAA